CGUAGGUUGGAAAUGAGAUACGCGCGGAAUUGCAACGACCAAGUAAAAACAAGGGCAUUGUGAUCAUCUAGUGAUGGCCGCUGAAGGAAAACCCCUCUGUGAAGAUAUGUACUACAAAUAUGAGCAGCUUUACUCCAGACCUUUCAUCACACCUGGCUCUGAAAUUCCAGAAAAUCUCCUAAACCUAUCUCACUCCUUUGGCUACGACUGCAGACGCAGAGCAAACCUGCGGCUUCUGGACGAAAGAACUCUGACCUUUAUUGCUGGUCAAAUGGUCAUCCUGCUUGACAUUUCCACCAAACAGCAGAAAUAUAUACGCUCUUGCAGUGGCUGUGGAAUUGGCUCGAUUGGGGUACACCCAAGCCAUAAGUACUUUGUCGUGGCAGAGAAGGGGAAAAAACCCAUCCUGAUAAUAUAUGAAUAUCCUUCAUUAAAAGCGCAUCGUAUUCUCAGAGAUGGUACAGAGUAUGCGUUCAACUCUGUCAACUUUAAUAGUGAUGGGAGUCUUUUGGCCAGCUUGGGCAGUGCACCUGACUACAUGCUGACCUUGUGGAACUGGGGACAGGAAGAGGUGAUGCUCAGGUGCAGAGCCAUUUCUCAGGAGGUAUACAGAGUGACCUUCUCCCCAUACAACCCUGGACUUCUGACAUCAUCAGGAUCUGGGCACAUCAAAUUCUGGAGAAUUGCUAGCACAUUUACAGGUCUCAAAUUGGAAGGGCUUAUUGGGCAUUUUGGGAAAAUGGCAGCAACAGACAUCGAAGGCUAUAUAGAACUUCCCGAUGGAAAGGUGGUGUCUGGCUCAAACUGGGGCAAUCUGCUACUGUGGGAUGGAAAUUGCAUUAAAGUGGAACUCUGCAGGAAAGGAGGACAAUGUUGUCAUACAGGAGUUGCUCAGCCUUUUGCUUUGGAGGACGGACAGCUAAUGACUCUCGGCUCUGAUGGAAUGAUCCGGGGCUGGGACUAUGAGAGAAUCUGCAAUGCAGAAAGUAGCAGUGAAAGCAGCAAGUUUGAGAUGGAGCCCAUGAAUGAGAUGAUUGUUGGGCGCCACGUAUGCCUCUCCUCAAUAGUGAAAAGCUCCCUUCCCGACUCUACUGUUUGGUUUGCUCAGGAUUCCAAUGGAGCUAUUUGGAAACUGGAUCUUUCUUUCACAUACAGCACUCCUGAUCCAGAGUGCCUGAUAUCCUUCCAUGCUGGACCAAUCAAGGGCCUUGAUGUGUCAAAGAAAAGUCACCUCAUGGCAACUACUGCAAAAGAUCGUACCGUUAGAAUCUUUGACUUUCUGGCAAAAACCGAGCUCAUCAGUAGCCGAUUCAACCAGGGUGGAACCGCCCUCCAUUGGGCACCACCUUCGGUGAAUUACAGUGGAGGUUUAUUGGUGACAGGAUUUGAGGAUGGGGUGGUGCGCCUGCUGGAGCUUUUCGAUUCCACGGGGCUCCAUAACAACAAAGGAGACACUCGCAUUCGUCUCAAACAGGCCUUCAAACCCCACAAUGGCCCUGUAACCUCAAUUGCAUAUGAACGUGAUGGUAAAAUUUUAGCCACAGGGAGCUCAGAUUGCACUGUAUUCUUUUUUACUGUUGGAGAAAAAUAUGAACCUGUUGGUUUUGUUCAAGUUCCCGAAAAAGUACAGAUACUUCAAUGGUCACCUCAUUCCCAUCAUGAAAGCAGCCUGCUUAUCAUGUGUCAGAGUGGGCAUGUUGUGGAGGUCCCGUGUCCUGAUAACAAUACCCUGAAGACAACCAAAUCUUACCAACUGCUGGAACUGCCCAGGAGAUCGUUCUGCUUCAAAAGCAUCAAAUCUCGAAUUAAGAGAGAGGAGGAAAUAGCAAGGCGACAAGCUUUCAAGGUAAAACAGCAACAGGAGCAUCAAGAGCAUCAAGUUCCAGAAGAGGAAAAGAUAGAUGAGGAGUUACCCCCCAUGGUCGUCCCUAACCCUCGUAGUCCUCUUCACUGUGGUUUCUACUCAGAGCCUGGUCAAUUCUGGCUGUCUAUGGGAGGGUUUGACUCAGGUUUCUUGUACCAUUGCAAGUUCUCUGAGAGACAGGAUGAGGGUCCAGACCAACGCCAUGAUGAACCAUUUGACUUCCUAACAGUCCCGAAUGCUGAUGAUGACCCCAUUUGUACAAUCACCUUCAACUCCAACAGGCAGCUGAUGCUAUGUGGCAUGCACUCAGGUUCCAUCAGAGUUUUCCCACUUGAUCCAAACAACCACACCCUAACCUCCAUGCAGGCAUACUGGGAUCUGAGCGUCCACGACAGCAAUUAUGGACAACUACGGCACAUCUGCUGCAGCUACGACGACCAAUUUGUGUUAACAGCCGGAGAUGAUGGCAAUAUAUUCUCCUUCAACUUGUUUCCUCAUGAGAAACUACAGAAAGGCCUGAGUAGAAAUAGAGCCAUGGUUCCUUCUCCAAGGGACGGUCUUGAGAAUGAGGAUUUGGCUCAGGACAUCGAUGACCCAGCAGUUGAUAGCAUAGAGAUGGUCAGACAGAAGCUGGAGAAAGCCCAUCUGUCUCAGGAAGCUGAGAAGAAAAAGUCUGAAAAGAGGAAAAGGCUUGCUGAGAUUCAGAAUAUGUUCAACAAACUGCUCAGGGACAACAAUGACUUGCCAGAACAUUCCCGGCUGACAUUUGCGGAGUUACAGCUGAAUGAGUGUUUUGAAGAGGAGGCUAAGCGGGAGAAGACACGCAAAAUAAGAGAGGUCCAAAAACAGAUGAGCUGGGAAGAGCAAUACUCACAGAUAUCACUGAAAAAACUACAGGAAUGGUUCAAUGGCUAUUCUGAGUUUGAUAAAGUCACUGUGUUUGCCAUCCGCAAUGACCACAGAGUCUCCACCUACCAUGUUCCAGCGCUUUCUUUAGUGCAGAUCCCACAACAGAACGGUUACAGUAGCACCAGCAACAUUGAAGCUGCUCCAGAUGAACGUAGAAAAUCCAGGGAUCAAACUCUGAAAGACAAUAGUGAAACAGACGAGGAAGAUUUGCCACAGGUUCUGGUGACUCGAUCUUCUCUGGUAAAGCUGGCUGAUCGGCAGAUAGAGCGGCUAAAAAAGGCCGCCGAAAAAGCUGAACAGGCACGUGCCAAGAUUGAAAAGAGAAAGCAGGAAUGGGACAACCUUUAUAAAGAGAAACCCAAAAAGAACUGUGAAGAUCCAGACGAUGUGCAGGCCAUCUGUGAAGCCAAAGAGAAAAUUGGAGAUUUGAAACUUAAAACUGAUAAAAACUUCACUGUCCCAAAACAUUUACGAAUGAAUCCAGACAAAAAGAAAGCAGAGAUGACUGAACUGGAGGCCAAUAUACGUGAGAAACAGAUUGAGAUAAACAGAGAGGUUGUGGCCUUGCGGGACUCCAAACUUAUCCUUUUAUCAAAAUUGCGUGCUGAGACUAAGCAGUUUGAGAAGGUCCAGAGUCUUCUACCAUCCCAUCUCCAACGCCAUCCACCCCCUAUACCCACCAUACACCCAGAAGAAAUCCCAGACAAGAGGCUACGAUGCACCCGUGACAUCCUAGCCAGAUACAGGGUGCUGAGAGAGCAGAGGCUCCAGUGGACAGAUAUUAGGGAGCAGGCGGAAGGCAUAAAUUUGCUGACGCACCUGGAAAAUGAGAUGGAAGGAAUGGACGAAGAGGAUGACAUGUCGGUUUUAUCUGCUGCUGGAGAAGAGGAGGAGCUCAAAGGAGAGGAAGCUGCUGAACUAAGCAAGGAGAUGGAGAGCAAAUUGGUCUUCAUGCAGGACUUGCUCCUGGAAAAGAUGGAGAGCAUGGUGCAAAAGUUUGAUAGGGAGCACCUAACGUGUCUUCAGAAGGUACAGAUGCUGGACUGGAAGCUAAAACUUGGCAACCUCCGUCAGCUAACACUCUAUCAGGAGUUGCUCCUGCUCAAAGAAGUGGACAAGAGUGAGGAAAUUAUGGAAGAGAAGCUUGAAACGCGUGUGAAGGAGGAGAAAAAGUUGAUGUAUAAGUUGGAAGAGUGUCAGGAACAGCUGGACCUGAAGUAUCAAGACAUAACCAAACUGCAGGAGAAGGAGAAGGCAGUAAGAAAAGCUUUUCAGGCCUCGCUGGGUGAAGACAAGAAAUUUGAAGAGUAUCUGACCAAAGUUUUCAAAAGGAAAAUAAAACGUACCAAGGAGCAGCAGCCGGGUGAAGAAGAAGAGGAUGAGGAAGACUUUGACGAUUACGAAAACUGGGAUGACGAUGAUGACUGGGAAACAAUGGAGGGAGAAGAUGCAGUAGAGGAAUGCCCUCCAGGUUGUGAUCCAAAGUUGUUUGAACAUGUGUUGCGACUUCGUGAACGUCGACUGGAUCUGGAAGAUCUGCUGAUAGAGGAGAGGAAGAAUGUGGAUGUUCUUGAGAAGGAGCGUGACUCCCUUGCUAAGAAGCUCAAAUCAGUGAAAAUCUAUCGCAAAGCAGCAGAGGAUGACUUGGAGCAAGUCAACAGGGAGAAACAGCAGAAGAUAAACCAACUAGAUGUUGUGGUUCCUCUAAGACUACACCAGAUUGAGUUUGAUAUAAGAGGCCAAGUGCCCUUGGACCUCAGCUUGGCAUUGAUACUCAACAAGACUGAGCUGAAACGUCUGCAGGAGCGAGUGAAGCAGUUGGAAAUUGACAAGAACCAGCAGACUGAUAUCUACAAUCAAGCACGACAGCAGCAUAUCAGGCUCAUUCAAGAACGAAAGGACAAGAAUACUGAGAUUCAGAUGCGGCAAAAAAAUUGCAACCAGCUAAUGAUGAGAAGGUUUGGGAGAGAGGUCGAUCUGGAAGUUCUGCAGACGCUGUCUGGUAACAGGACAGUUGAGGAAUUGAAACAGGAAAUACUCCUUCAAGAAGCUGCACACGCCAAAGAAAUUAAGCAGUGGGAUAUCAAAGUAGAAAAAGCUCGUGGGGUUCUGAUGGAGAUGACAAGGAGCAACACAGAGCGACUCCUCUGCCUGAAUAGUCUCUUUGAGCAGAAGAAGGAGCUGGAGCAGAAACUUGAUGCUAGACAGAAGAAAAUUGGCAAACAGCUUCAAGACUGCAGCAGGCGGGAUGACAGAAAGGAGAUAUUGGAUCUACAAGAACUUGUGAGAAGGCAGUCCCAGCAAAUGGAGAUUCUCAGUAGAGAGAUCAGUCUUCUGUCCCAUAAAGGAGGCAACAUGCUACCGACUACUCAGACUAAGCUACCCCCACUUGCUCCUUUGCUCAACCCAACAAUAAAAUAUCUAAGGAAACCAGGUAAACCAAACUUUAGAAGUAGUGACAGGAAGGCAUACAAUCAAAUGUAAGUUCUUAAAGGCUUAAGGCCAAGAAGUGUUGAAACCAAAUUGCAUUUGGCACAUUUUCAAGAUUGAGUUGAUGCAAGUUAGACGACAAAGUAAUCACAAUUCUGUUUCUUAUCAAUUUCUGAUUUUUGUGUCAAAUAGAAGCCAAUGAUUGUCCCACAAAAGACAUUUAAAACCCAAACUAUGACUUGGAAAUUUGAUGGAUGCUGUCAAAAUAAAUAUGCGCAAACACAAGCAAUACUGAACAUUUUUGUGUACUUGAAAGAUCAUUAUUAUGAAUGAUAAAUUUUGCUGUUCACUGUUUUAAAUGUUGCUUUCAAACAAUAAA